AUGAACAAUUUAUUUCAAUUCCAUGGUCCAGCUGUUAAGAAACUUUUGGGUUGGAAACAAGGCGAUGAAGAAGAAAAGUGGGCUGAAAAGGCUGUCGAUUCGCUUGUGAAAAAGCUAAAAAAGAAAAAACCAGGUCAGGGGACUGUUGAAGACCUGGAAUAUGCUUUGGCGAAUCCCGGGUCUCAUAGCAAGUGUGUGACUAUUCCUAGGUCGCUUGACGGCCGACUUCAGGUAUCACAUCGCAAAGGUCUACCUCAUGUAAUCUACUGUAGAGUGUGGCGAUGGCCUGACCUACAGUCUCAUCAUGAGCUGAAACCUGUUCCAGAAUGUCUCUAUCCUUACGAUAAUAAACAUCAAAUGAUAUGCAUAAAUCCUUACCAUUAUCAGCGGAUUGAGCCUCUGAUGAUGCCUGUUUCAUCAGCUGAUUAUCAACCGUACAUCGAUUCCUCACCCCAUUGUUUUUCUAGUACAAGUCCUUCUUUGUUCAGCGAAGAUGGUUGUGAUGCAAUAUCGUCAGAAAUGGAGCCAAAUUUUGGUUUUGCUGAACCGGAUUUCUGGUGCUGUCUUGGUUAUUACGAGUUGAAUUCAAGGGUUGGUGAAAUAUUUAAGGUAAGAAAUUCUAUGGUCAUUGUUGACGGUUUCACCGAUCCAUCGAAUUCGGAUGAUCGAAUUUGUUUAGGGCUUUUGACAAAUGUUAAUCGAAAUUCUACUAUAGAAAAUACACGAAAACAUAUUGGCGUUAAAUUCACAUGUGAAUCGUCACAUGAUGUUUAUGUGACCAAUCUUUCCGAUUCACCAAUUUUUGUUCAGUCGGUGAAUAGUAAUUACAAACUAAAUUUGCCUUUGAAUGCUGUUUGUAGGAUACCACCUGGUCAUGCAAUGUAUAUAUUCCAUCAUCAGUUGUUUAUUCAGAUGCUAAAAAGAGCAGAACGUGAAGGUUAUAAAAAUGUUUAUGAACUGACGAAUAUGUGCUUUAUUAGGAUAUCAUUUGUGAAAGGGUGGGGUCCUGAUUACCAUCGACAAGAUGUGACUUCAACUCCAUGUUGGAUUGAAAUGCAAUUGCAUGGUCCUUUAGGCUUUUUUAAGGAAUCCCCCCAUCUAGUUUUGGGAGGUUUUAAGCCAUAUACUGAACAGAUUUCCUGUAAAUGA